UCUGUUCUUUUUGUUUAUAAUACAGAUUAAACUUUAAACUGAUAAUUGAUCAUUAGGAUGAAAAACACUGAGGCAAAGUUACCAUUUCAGGGGUGCACAAGGCACUAGGACCUAGGAGAAGUCUCAUCCACCCUGGCAGGAAUUUCUUGCUUGGAGCUCAGACAACAAAGGCAGAGUGAGACUGGUUUUCUUUCUCUCAGCAUCUCCACCCUACGAGCUGAAAACCGCUUCAAAUCUUUAGGGUUCACCAAACUAUGGAACUUGAUUUUGGACACUUUGACGAAAGAGAUAAGACGUCCAGAAACAUGCGAGGCUCACGUAUGAAUGGAUUGCCCAGCCCCACUCACAGUGCUCACUGUAGCUUCUACCGAACCAGGACCUUACAGGCACUGAGUAAUGAGAAGAAAGCAAAGAAGGUGCGUUUCUAUCGCAAUGGGGACCGCUACUUCAAGGGGAUUGUGUAUGCCGUGUCCUCCGACCGCUUCCGAAGCUUUGAUGCUUUGCUGGCUGACCUGACCCGUUCUCUGUCUGAUAACAUUAACCUGCCUCAGGGAGUUCGCUACAUCUACACCAUCGAUGGGACCAGAAAGAUUGGGAGCAUGGAUGAACUGGAAGAAGGGGAAAGCUAUGUCUGUUCAUCUGACAACUUCUUCAAGAAGGUGGAGUAUACCAAGAAUGUCAAUCCCAACUGGUCUGUCAAUGUGAAGACAUCGGCCAACCUGAAAGCACCUCAGUCUCUGGCCAGCAGCAACAGUGCCCAGGCAAGGGAGAACAAGGAUUUUGUGCGUCCCAAGCUGGUGACCAUCAUCCGCAGUGGGGUGAAGCCCCGAAAGGCAGUUCGUGUGCUCCUGAACAAGAAGACUGCACAUUCAUUUGAGCAAGUUCUCACUGAUAUCACUGAAGCUAUAAAACUGGAGACAGGCGUGGUCAAAAAGCUGUAUACCCUGGACGGGAAACAGGUGACCUGUCUCCACGAUUUCUUUGGGGAUGACGAUGUGUUUAUUGCCUGUGGUCCGGAAAAAUUCCGCUAUGCACAGGAUGACUUUUCUCUGGAUGAAAACGAGUGCCGUGUAAUGAAAGGGAAUCCUCCGACCACUCCAGGCAGCAAGUCAUCCCCAACCCCUCAGAAGAGCUCAGCAAAGAGUCCAGCCCCCAUGCGCCGGAGCAAGUCUCCAGCCGAUUCAGGUAACCAUCAAGAUGCAAAUGGAACAUCAAGCAGUCAGCUGUCUACACCCAAAUCCAAGCAGUCUCCAAUCUCCACACCUACCAGUCCAGGGAGCCUCCGUAAGCACAAGGUAGACUUGUACCUGCCUCUGUCCUUGGAUGACUCUGAUUCCCUUGGAGAUUCCAUGUAAAAGAACACAAUGCUAAUUGUCUGUAGUACAAGCUAUGUUUAAGAUACAGUACAGUACUUCUGCCAAAAGAAGCAGAUAGGUGACUGGUACUUUCAAAUCAAAGGACACAAAGUUAUAUGUCAUUUUUUUUCUGUGAUUUAUCCUCCGUGCCACAAAUUGACACCUAUCAACUAUUAGGGAUAGAGUGAUACCAUCCUUCUGAGUAAUUUUAUAGGGAUGCAAAAUGGGCAUUGCCAGCAAUCUGACACCAAUGAUCUCAUGCAUUUCCCCUUCACUUCAAUUUUUUUCUUCUGCUCUAACUUCUUGAGUUUACUAUUGACUACAGAAAAGUUGACAGUUCCCACUAGAAGUACAUAACUAAAUCUUUCACUGAUCAAUUCUAAAGCUAAAAGAAAACAAAUACUAAUCUCCACCUUUUCAAAAUGCUGAUGAAUGCUAGCAGCUCUUUGAAAGCAGAUCUGCUUCUAAUUUUGCAUCCCUGGUUUUAGCACCUGCAUGCUGUCUAGCACCAAUUUCUGUUGCUGAAGGGUGGGCAGAGAGAUGGCUUGUUGCUCUGGUAAAAGAUGUUUAAGAUGCCAGCAGAAUGUGAAACAAAGGCGUUUGGACAAGAUUCAGAAAUGCUGCGUAAGACGCUAAGUAAAGUUUUUAUAGCACAGUGAUUACAUUAUAAAUUUAUGUAUUGGGUCAUUUUCUAAUAAAUAAGCAAGAUAUAUAUACAUGUCAGCUGAGUGGUGAAUCAGAUUUCUCCUGUAGCCCAAAGAUAAUGCUGGCUGAUAUCAAGUUAUUAUACCUGCCAUAUGGUAUCUCUCUAUCUCUGCUUAUAAUUAAUGCCUUGUAAACAGCCAACACUGAAAACACUGUGAGAAUUUGUUUUCAGGUCUGACACCUUUAGGUCGCUUUUUGUAGCAAGAAACCAAUACACUUUUUAUAAAAAAAAAAAAAAUCUUGUAUCUGUGUUUUGGGAGUAAGUAUUCAAGCUCCUUCUUUUUUAUAAAAGCUGGUAAUUUUCUUUUGUUUAAAAAACACAUUCAGAAAAAUUUACAAAAAAAAGCCAAUUGCAAAACAGUAAUAACUGUGUUUAGAAAUCAUGUCAUCACUGCCAAACAGAAGAGAAGUCAAUUCAAAAUAAUGAAUGUUUUGAUAGUUUUUUUGUAAUGUUUAAACUUGCAUUUUUGGUUUAUACAAUUCAAUAUCCCUAACUAUGGCCAGAUGCUCUAAUUAUAUUACAAAUGGAACUUUGUGAUAUUCAAAGACAGUAUUCUAAGAAACUCAUAUUGGGGGGGAAAUAAACUGGUAUGGAAUUUAGAGAAACCUUUCACUUUUAUUAAUUACUAAUGACUCCUGCAGGAUGCAAAGUUCAUGUAUUUACAAAAUGCUGGUGGUUUUUACUAUGCUCAGGCUUUACUGGCAUAGGUUAGUUCUUUCAGUGACUCUGACCUGACUUUACCUGGGUACAAAACUUUACAAAACUUUACCUGGGUACAGUACAUGCAAACAAACCUUUUGUUGUUGUUUUUGCUUUUACUUUUACUUUGUUUCAGCAGAUAUGCAGAUUAUUUUAUGUCCUUGCAAUCCCUUGUCAUUAGAAUGAAUUAUGAAGUUGUGAUAUUGGAUGCUACAUGAAUGCUUGGCAAUAGGAUGACAUCAUUUUGUUCCUUCAUUUGUGCCGGGAUGCCAUUCCAUAUUUUUUGUUUUUUCCAUUGCUACCAUUAACACUCUGUACUGGCUGCAUCUUUUAGGUUCAUAUGAUGAUGUGUAUAAUGCAAGGUGUUUAGAGAAAAAAAAAAGCUGCAUGUGAGAUGAUCCAAAACAAACAUUGGAGUUACCCAGAGGUUUGAGUUAUUUUGCACCAAAUUUGCACCUACAGUCUUGAGCCCACAAUUAUUUGCACCCACAAUUUUUCGUGAGAAAUCAUUUGUUCCCACGAAAAACUUAAUUUUAAUGUGUAAGCCUCUGACCACUUUGGGGUUAAGUGCCCAUUUGACCUCUUGUAUUAAGGUAUUUGACUUCAAUUCAGAUGGAUGAAGGUUCAUGUUCCUUCCUGGUUAAAGCGCCUUGUUGGGGAAGGACAGUUUUGUGAACGAAGCACAGGAGUGUUGUCAGACGAUCUUAGUUCAGCUCUUGGCUCUGCCAGAUUUAGUGUAUGAACUGGAGCAGGUCUCUUAGUUUCUUGGUGCCUCAAUAUAUUUAUCUGUAAAAUGAAGAUAAUAACUGCUCUAUUUGACAGCGGCUUGUGAGGCCAAAUGUCCAUUAAUGUUUGUAAAGUGCUUUCAGACUCACUGACGGAAGGUGCAACAUAACUGCGAGGUUUUACUAUUUGUGGACACAAACCUAGUUAUUUUAUGGGCUGAUGGUUGGGUGUAUGAUCAUGUGGAUGCUAUUUUAGAGACCAUUCUUGAAAAUAUGGCUCUUUAAGUAUAAGGGCAUAAUAGAACAAAUUAUUUAUGCCAACCAAUACUACUGACUACAGCCUGUGUUAUACUGAGAAGUCAAAUUUACCUUUGGCACAAUAGAAACUGACUUCCUCUUAUCUUCUCUGUUGGAAAUCUUGAAGAUCCCCACCACCAGUUUUUUUCCAGGGCCCUUGUAAAGGCUCUGCACUGAAUGGUAGCUAUCAUCCUACCUGUUAAAGAUGACUGAGCAGUUCUCCAGUGACAAUGAUGCUUCUUAAUGAGACAGAGGAGUGGUCACUUGAGGGACACAAGAUGCUCCCACCCCAUCCAUGGUCUGAGUGUCUUGCCACUCAUCUCCCAAUCCUUGUCAGUUUAGGAGGCAAGAGAUUAGCACCAAAAAAUAAAUCUGGGACUUCCUUAUAGCAGUUCAGAAGAUUUAUCAAUAGCUCCGUGGAGAAUCCAAGUCUCAUAUCCAUAAGCAGAUAUGAGUCAUAUUACUGCCAGCAGUACAGUACAGUGCUUAAAGAUGCAUCGGAAAACUCAGUUUCUUUUCUCCAGGAUCUGUCAAAAUCAGUUUGCAUGAGACAAAGCAGGAACCCAAAAACUGAAUGGAACUUUGGGCAACCCACUAUAUGGGUAGCUUAAGCAGAAGUAGAUAGUUUUCCAUCUGCCACGAACAGUGCUUAGAUAAUAAUUUUUUUAAAAACCAACAAAAAAACCCCUGCUCGUCUGCCAGUGGAACUUGCUAAAGAACUGUUACAGGCAUUCUUCGUGAAUUGCACUUAAAGUGACAUGUCUAAGAACUUCAUCCUGCAAAUAUUCACUCAUGGGAGGAGUUUUGCAUGCUCAAGGACUACUCACAUGAGGAAGGGUUCUGCAGGACUGAGCCUGAUGAUCAUUUUUGACACACUGCCUCAGAAAGGGAAUUUACAGAGGCCUAAUAGAAGAAAGCAUUUUCUUCAGAGGGAAAAUAAUAGCCAUUCAGCUGAGCAAAAGCCACAUGUAAAACAGGGUAAGAGAUCAGACUCCCAGGUUUAAAAUGCAUUUUUCCAGGUAGAGAUCAGUGAGCAUUUCAGAGGUAACACAUAGGUAGACUGUAUGAAUGCUGAUAGUGCAUGAGAACUUGUACAGAAAUGCAUGUGGAAUAGCAUCCAUACGGUGCUAGGCUUCUUCCAGGAUCCCUGAAAUAUAAAAAGAAAAGAAUCAGAGACAGCAUACUAUAGUAAUUUCAGUAUAUGGAUGGCCCUGAUUCAGGAAAGCAUGUAUGCAUGUGCUUAUUUAUAAGCAUGUGCUUAAAUCCCAUUUACUUCAGUGGGACUUAAGCACGUGCUUAAUGCUGUUCUGAAUUGCGAUGAAUUAUGAAUUACUUGUAGCAUACUACUGCAGCAAUUCCAGUCAAAUUGAGUUACUUGGAUCAGACCAUAGUAAUGCCAUGAUAAACUUCCGAGUUCACUGCUAAUUUUGUUCUUCUUUUACAAACACACAAAACUCCUCAGGAUAUAAGGAUUGGCCAUAUUCUGUUAUAAAAGCGCUGUCUGAUUUCCCAUCUGAGGCUGUUUUAAGUGUUAUUUGAGACUGAGUCACUAUGACCUCAUUGUUUAAAAACUAUACAUGAAGGAAUGGUAAGCAUUGUGUAUUACAUAGCUCUAUCUGUAAUUUACACUGUGCCUGGUCUAUUGCAGUGUCUAUAUAUAUUAAGCAGUAUGUAUGCAUAUUUAAAGGCAUAUCCACAUUAAGGAGGAAUUAGAGCAAUGUCAGUGGCAAUUUUGUUUGUAGAAGAUCAGGCCCACAGAGUAUUGCAUCAAAUUAUAGAUCCUUCUGAAACUUUUUGUUAAUAUCGGAAUCCUAAAGUAUAUGAACCAGCCCCUCUGCUCCUGUGAAUUGUGGAGCUACACCAGCUCUACCACCAGAGCAGCUAAUCUAAUCUCCAAUUUACGUACAUGAAGCCCCUAAGGUAGACUUUAAAGAUUUCAGUGAUUUGGUUUUAAUUUGGCACAUUGUUUGUGAUGGGAUGUCAGACUUCCUUCUGUCCUAAAAGUGUCUGCGUUCCUAACAUCUGUAAAUUAAGCAUGGCCUUUUCCAGAGCUAGGAGCUCUAACUGUGUUACCCUCGGUGAGAUCAGAAAAAUUAGUUUCGCUCAGCUGCCACAUCACUCUUUCACUGUGAUCUGUCUGUCUCUCACAAACACACACCGGCUGUGGUUUACCCUUGUUUCAGUCUUACAAUUUUUGAAUGGGAAAAAGGGAGAGGGAAACAUAAAGAUAUUGGUGCACAACCAAGCAAUGUUACAAAUAAGUUAUUUUUAAUAUGGAAAAAGUGUUGUAAAAAGUAUGUUCUCCUUUAAUAUUAUAAAAUAUAGAACCUUUUACAUGAUGCUUUGGUGGCUGCUCCUUGUUGUCUUUGACCUUAGAAAUGACAUCCUGCUACAUCACAUGGUAGCUCCUGACAUUGCUCUUUUUGGGCCUUACAAUAUCCUUGCUUACGUGCAACUCCAUUGACAGACAUCAGUGGAAGUCAGGUUCUCUAUUCAAGGGUACAAUAUGACCCCUAAAGUUCAAUCUUUCUUCUGUUAAUGUCAGUAAGAGUUUUGACAUUUACUUCAAUGGGAGCAUGAUAGGGUCCUUAUAUCUAUCCUUCACCCACUGAAGUCAAUGGAAGUGAUGCCAUUAACUUGAAUAGGAGCAGGAUCCACCCUUACAGAAAAUAAAUAAGGAAAUAAAAAAUUGGUAAGUGAAAUACAUGGAAAUAUAGUAUAGCCACAGAGUAAUCUGAAACUGCACAUGGUGUAGUCUCCCCAUGUAUUAACUAUCAAAUGUAGGUAAGAGGGAACAAACUAGUUUGUUUCUUUUAAUGGUGAUUUUACACGUUUUGAAAGUGAUGAAUAUUACAGUUAUUUUUCUGGUUGCGGAUCCAAUAUUAAAGCUGACUGGAAGCUGCUUUUCAGGCUCCAUGAUGUCAUCUGUAUUUGGGAGCUAGAUGGCUCAAAGGGUUUGCAAAUGAGACACAGAACUUUUCACCACUAGGUAUACGUUAAGAUUUAAGACAAUACAAAGAGCCAGGUGCGUUUGCAGUGGGGCACAUGAUUUAUUAGUGGUAACCUAGAAAUGAUACAGCUAGCACUAAGUCUGUAUGUAGUGAGACCAACUUGAUUAACUCAUUAAGUGCCUUCCAGCACAUCUCUUUGUAUUUCAGAAACACUUGCUAAUAUUGAAAAGCCCAAUAAGGUGUAAGUGUGAACUGGCAGCCAAGGUAUGCUACCUGAAUCUGGAGUCUGCUGAGAAGAUUAUUCUGCUUCGUAUUUAUUCAGCUGGGUCUGGGGUAGCACACUGUGAAAAUGAUGGUAUAGUUUAUCACAGAUUCAUUCUGCCUCGUGGCACUGAUGCACCCUCACAGCAUGUCCAUGGAUUUGGGGAGGCCUUCUCAGUGGCGGCGCAGGAAUGAGAUGAAGCUGAAUCCUGUUUCUCUGAAGGCAGCCUGCUGGGCGUGUAUUAGGUAGGAUUGGAGGGUUCUUGCUGCUCCAGUCAUGGAUCCUGUUGUUGGGUCUUCUUGCUCCCCACCGCCUCCCACUCCCACUUUUCUUCUGGCCUUGGCUCUGGUAUAUCUUGUAGCAUGUGUCUUCAGUUGUAAAGCUGGGUGUGGGAUUCCUAUAACUCUGCCUUUUUCUCUGAACACUUUAAGAUCUGGCCAUUCAGAAUUUGAUUGAUGGCUCUGGUAAAGAAAUCUUCAUCUUCUGAUCCAUCAGGAGUUGUGCUGGCAAAACACCAUAUGCUAAUGGUAUAGCUGUAUGUGCUAAAAGACCCUAAUGUGGUUCUUGAGCCUUUUUUCCUUAGAGCUUUUAUUGUAACAACUGCUCUUUCAGAGUCCCCAUUUGGGGCAGGAAAUGAGGACCGUUCGUUGUUUGGUUAAGGUCACAAGGCCUGGUUCUUAUUUAAAGUAAGACCACUUUACACUGUUCUGGUAGUGAGGAAGAGCCUCAGAGUGAGAGUAGAUUAUGCUUGUACCCAUUGUGAAGCCCUUUUGCACUGCCAGCGUGGUGUAAGGUGACCUUAAGGUAAAUGAGACUUAAGCGCAUAUUCUUAGCCUAGUGGAUAGAGCACUGGACUGGCAUUCAGCAGACCUGGGUUCUAUUCCCAGCUUUUCCAUGGGCCUGCUGGGUGACUUUAGGCAAGUCACUUCUCCUCUUGAGCCUCAGUUUCUGCAUGAUGAAAAGGGCUGUUGAAGAACUAGGGAUUAUUUUUAUUUCUUAUGUAAUGAAGUCCGUAAACUGCACUGGAGUGAACCCACAGUCCAUGAUCCUUGGCAAAAGUUUCAAGAACUCAUUAUCACGUGAACAUGGUUUUUAAUCUGUUAACCCUGUGUGUGGAUGAGUUUGCUGGCAGAUUAGCCUCUUUCACAUAUUGUGAAUGGGAAGCUACCGCUACUCUACUGGUGGUGUUUUUUAAGUUACAUAGGUCGGUGUUUAUCGGCUGCCUUUGUCUUUCUCUCAGCUCUCUGCUCUAAUCGACACUGUGCUUCUUUUGCACAAAUUACACAGCUUUCUACCAAGUCCAUUUUGACUGUCCUGAACACCGGACUGUUUGAUGUGCUCUUGCGCUGCACUUUAUUACGUCUUUUUGAUCUUAACGGAUCUUUCCAAGCCUUUCCUCUCUUUGAUCUUCUGGUCUGAUGAGCCUCUGUCCUUUUAAUAGCAGACCAUCAACUAUAUUGAUGCUUCAUUUGUACUGCCAGUAUUGUAGGAGCUGUUCAGGGAUUGCUCCUUUCCUUAGCCCACCUGUCUCUGCCUAUCUGCUUAAGUAUUGGCAAGUCCUAGGACCUUUGUUGUGCUUGCUCAGUUUGGACUGGGUAGCUGGGAAGCUUUGACUCAUCUGGUCUAUAUACAGCUUGAGUUCUGUGAAACAUUCUUCUUUCAUCACUGGGCUAUGUAGGGAAACCUUGGAGAGAGCAUCUGCCCACACAAGGCUUAUCCUGGGAAUCUGCACUACUGUGUAGCUGAAGAGAAGUCAGUGCAGGUGGAAUCUCAGUAUUUAGGAGGGUGGCUCAUGCUGGGUCUUCAGCCACAGCAAGAAGCUCAAGACAGGAGAUUGUCAUAAGCAAGGGAGACUGAAUAACAGACAAAGAAAGAUAAAGGAAUAAUGACACUAGUCCAGGGGUGGCCAGCCUGUGGCUCCGGAGCCACAUGCGGCUCUUCAGAAGCUAAUAUGCGGCUCCUUGUAUAGGCACCGACUCCGGGGCUGGAGCUACAGGUGCCAACUUUCCAGCAUGCCAGGGGGUGCUCACUGCUCAACCCCUGGCUCUGCCACAGGCCCUGCCCCCACUCCACCCUUUCUCGCUCCCUCCCCUGAGUCUGCCGUGCCCUCACUCCUUGCCCCUCCCCCCCCAGAGCCUCCUGCACGCCACAAAACAGCUGAUCGGGAGGUGCAGGGAGGGAGGGGGAGGCGUUGAUUGGCGGGGCUGCUGGUGGGUGGGAGGUGCUGGGAGCAGGGGUUGGGGGAAGCUGAUGGGGGCUGCUGACGUGUUACUAUACUCUUUGGCAAUGUACAUUGGUAAAUUCUGGCUCCUCUCAGGCUCAGGUUGGCCAUCCCUGCACUAGACUGUGCUUUCCCGCUCAUGAAUGGUGACUUGUGUGGAACCAAUUCUGGCAAGGGAGAAUGGGGUGGAAAUUGUCCACAUCACUUCUGGCUCUAUCGAAACUCUUGUAGAGUCCAGUAAAUCGAACAGAAACCACAGAACAUCAUUUCAUGGUGUCACGUAGGGCAAUGGCCCAAACCCACGGCCAGGUCCCAAACUCCUGCUUCUGGGCUGUGUGGGGCUGCUGCUUCUGGCCAGAAGAUAAUCACAUGCUAACCAAUGUUUGCAAUGUGCAUGUGUGCCUGUUUGGGGCCCAUUUGUGCUACUAACCAAAAUUUGGGCCCUGCAUUUGUAAACAAGGAGCAAGCUUCAUCUCUGUAACUCUGGUGAUUUCAAGGGCCUUACGCCAAGCAGACAGUGGGCUGGUUGUUGAAGUGUUACUGGUUUGGGAGCUGUUUAUUGCUAAAUCUCUUCCUGGGAAAGGCUUGUCUUUCAUCUUUUCUCUUAACAUCUUUAGCAGGGCUUACCCAUUCCUGCUCCCAUUCCCUUGCACAGUGAACAGGAACUCAAAAUUCUGCAGCCAGUUUUAAAACUACCCCAGGUUUGACAGUUUGCACUGGAACAGUUGCGGCAGGAGGAUUCCUAAAGGGAAUUAACACUUUGUAGCAAUUAGAGUCUGACAACUGAAAAAGAAAGUUGGCAGCAUUAGAGAAAGAUGCAGUGAUGGUCAAUGUCCUGGGAAACAAAGAAAGGAGACUCAUUUCCGAGGGGGCCAGCAGGGAGUAUUUGUUAGGAAGUGUUUACUGAGCGGUGGGAUAUGAGUGGGAACUUCAUCAUAAUACCAAAUCAAAUGGAAAGGAAUGCAUGAGACAGAGUGGUGGAAAUGUCAGUCUUUGACACAUGCAGAAAUAUAAAUAAAGAGGGUGGAGAAACCAAGAAUAAUAAACAGAAGGGAAAGCCUUGGGUAGCUGAGGAUGUACAGCUUGGCUCUGGGCUGAAAGCCAGCAGGGGGUCCAUGGCUGUGAGUUGUUAGAGUGCUUCACCAAUGCCUACACUGGAUUGCAGCCUAUCCGUGGUGACAAUUAGUGUCCCGCUCCCCAUCACAGAAAUAAGGUCAUACUUGGCCGUGGGCGGAAGAACUUGAUUUGAAAUUCCUUUCCUCCCCCGUCCCUCUUUUCCGCUGGCACGUGAAAGUCUGCAACAUCCUUGAAAGAGGGGGGAAACUGCAACCCUUUGUCGAGUGACAGCCAAGCCUGUGGUUUUGUUUUAUUUUUAUCCCUCUGCAUUGGACUAGAAAUAGAAAUGCAGCAGCACUGCCUGGUUCCCGAAAGGACAGGCUGAGUGCUUUGUAGAAGGAAAUCGCAAGAGAUGCAAAAAGGGGUAAUGAGGGCAUGUCAGAUCCUUCCCCAUGGAACCCAGCAAACUAUGGCAAAACAGAGGCAGGGCAGGCCGCUCUAGUCAGGAAAGAGCCACCGCAUCCUCCUGAGGGAAGAGAAUCUGGUUUUAUUAUCUUGUAAAGCUGUGCAGAACAGAACCGCUGAGGUCUUUGACCUGCUGCUGGUCUUGUUCACGGAGUCACAGGCCAAACAUGCAAACAGUUCAGCUCACCUGCACUGACCCCUUUCACCAGGAAAUGUGAAUUAAUAUAGAGUCAGAUUCUGCAAUGCUUAUUCACACUGAGCAGUGCCUUCCUCCAUAAAGAGUCUCACUAAUUUCGAUAGGGCCGCUAGAGAAGCAAGGCAGUCCUCUGUGAGCUUGGGAUGGUAUAAUCUUGCCCAUGGCUUCCUGCGUUCAGUCUGUCCCCGGAACUUCAGUAUUGAUGCUAAUUUUUCUGCAGUGAUUUAUUUGGGGAGGGGUUGUCUUAUGUGGUAGCAAAUGGUUUUAUCAGUUACAAUUUCAUUAUUUUAGGGCCAGUUUCUCUUUCCCUUUCUCUUGCGUAGAGGCACUUUACUCCAUUAGUAAUCCCAUUGCCUCCAACGGCACCACUUGUGGAGUCAGGUGCUAGUCUAGCUGUCCCAAGGCAUCCCAAUCGGGCCCACAUAAAGUGGGAGUUCCCUUUUGUGAAGCUUCUGGUGGGAUUGCUGUCUCGUUGUUGAGUUUCAAGCUGUUGCCUCUUUGUUGUGUUGGGAAGAAAGGGGCAGAGCCUUUCAGUCACACAGGUGUCCAUAUUGGCCAGGCCUGUUUGUAGUUUCUUGGCUUAAAAAAGAAGAAGAAAUGUAAACAAAAGUGAGUUUCAAAAUGUGUUGUGUACCAGAUAUUCUCUGGCAUACUGAUAUCACUUUUAAAUGUCUAUCUUCCUCAGCAUUCAUCACUGCCGUAUCAAAACACCUGGAGUUACCGCUACUGCACCUAAUACAUUCAGGAGAAAGCACGGCUAGAAGGAACGAUAUGCAUAGGACCAAAUUUGCGGCUGGUGUAACUCAGUUAACUUCAAUAGAGUUACAACGUUAGUGAAUUUAACCCUCACAUCCAGGUCCAGUUACUUACUCAGGUAAAACUCCCCUGGAUUUCAGUAGGAGGGUUGUUGGUUUUUUUAAACAAAGAUUGCAGGAUUUUGUGUAGGAGAUUCUACAGUAAGGACACCAUAUAACACUUGACCGUAUGAAACCCAAUAGAGUAGAUUCUCUGCUGGCACAAAGGGAUAAAAACUCCAUUAAAGUAAAUGGAGCUGAGUCCAUUUAUGCCAGCAGAGAUGUUGGUCUUAUGAUUCAAAGACUGGUUGCUGUAAACAAUCCCUGUUGUGAAUUGCGGGGUCAAUUUCCAGGAUUAUUGUAGCAGAAUUCAUGUUGGAAAUUCCAGAUAGACAAUAGUCUCUCUCCCUGUAUGGAUCUGUAAUACCUGUAUCUUAAAUGUUCUGUGUUGGUUUUAUUGUGGCUAGUGAUGAGGCAGCUGAAAUGGUUCCAUUCGGUUAAGCAUCCAUCUGAACGUGAGGCUAGGAAUCUCAGAAAAUCAGGCCCCCUCAUGAGUUUUCGGGUUCUAAGGAAAGCUGAAUCUGGUCCACCAUUGACAGGAGUUCAGGGCCCACAGGGUUUGCAGGAUGGGAAAUCGCCUCUCUCUCAGAGUUUCUAUUCCCAGUCCUAGCUGCAGCCAAGAAGAAUGGAGGUUUAUGGGUUUGUUGGUUUGUUUUU